AAUCUUAUGCAUUAAUAUCGUUGCAUAACUAAAGAACCACGGCAUACCACGUGUAAAAGAUCAGCAUUUAUAAUUUAAUAAUAAACAAAAGUGGAUGUUUUGCAAUUUGCAUGCCUUGGAUGUCGUCAGAGCAGAGCAUGUCCCAUAAAUCUGUAGAUAUUGGCCUGCCCCGACGUUACUCUCUCCUUUUACUCGGUUACCGUGUUCCUCCUCGCGGGAGGGCAUAUAAUCGUCCUUGUUUGUUUUUAUUUUUUUGUAACUAUUAAUAAAAUCAAUUGAUUGAUUAAAUUUCACGUUUUUUCUCCACAGUUUGGAGUACGAGUUCAACGUAAUGUGACAUUUUAGCAUUCGAGACUCCUUGUCGUCUUGAGGUCCUUACACGAGUCAUCAUAAGUGGACAAGUAAUAUUAUGUAAGGGACAAAAACAUUGUAAACCAGCUUCGUCGAAGCAUAUUUAACGCAAUUGAGAUUCUGUCCCAACAAAGUUGUACCGUAGAUCGAAAAUCUGUAGUACGUUGUGUGCUUAACAGCAAAAUUGGGGAUCGAGUAAGUUUGCUUACUAUUGAGGACGAGAUGGAGAACCUUGUCAGAUGCGGUAACCUCGUAAAAAUCCCACAAGACGACAGCUCAGUCACAUAUCAACAUCCGCAAACAUUUGAGACAGAUCAAGUAACAGCUAACAACCCUCCUGUAAAAGUAAAGGGCAUUAGCAAACGUCCCGCUCCCGAUUUAAUUGACCUGACCUCAGAUACAGAUGAUGAGGGUGAAGUCGACGUACAACCAUCUAUAUCAUCGUCAAAGAUCGUUACCCAAUUGGAUGGGCAAUCUGAUUGUGAAUGGAAUACAAAACGUAUUGCAGACUCGUCCCCACCUACUAUUUCUGGGAAUAUUACAAAUGUAAACGAUGGGGCUGCUUCUUCCGAUGAUGAAGCUACUAACAUUGCUAAUUUGCUAAAACAAGAUGAAGAUGAAAUUAUUUCAAUGGAAUCUGAUAAUGACAACGAGAACGAAGACAAAAAUCAUCAUGGAUCGAGCCAGACUCAUCAUGAUCCUUCAGUUUACGAGGGAAUACGAACUAAAAAUGAAGAAUUGGUUCUAGUGUCGCCUGAGAUUGAGAAAAGUUUGCAUAGCGAUGACAGAUCUACCCCACCUCCACCCCUCCUUGUAAUGGAUGCGUUUGAACCAUUCCCAAACCAGAUAAAUCCUUCGAUUGGUGAACAUCAACAAAUGCCGAUAAUCCAUUCUAUGAUGGAUAAAUUGGUUCCUGAUCCGGUGGUUCGAGAUCUUCUUAUAGGAGGAAGGACCGAGCCACCACCGCCCAAGAAAAGAAGAAAACAAAGAUCUCAAUUUACAGAAGAUCAACUUGGCAUUCUAAGACAAGCCUUUCGAAAUUGUAACAAAUUGAAUGCACUCACAACCAUGGAACUCAUUAAUCAGACUGGGCUUGAAAAAACUAAAAUUCAGGGAUGGUAUGUUAAACAGAGAAAGUUGGAAAGUGCAGGAGGCGUAACGGGUGCGAGAAAUAAUGCUACAACUCAAUCUCAGAGUCCUCCAGAAGUAGCAGGGUCUUCGAAGCAAGAAACACGUACAAAUUCAGAACAAGAGGCGCGUAAUGUUCCAGCACCUUACGAAAAGGAUAACCACGCCCUGAAAACUCAGCGAACAGAGAAAUCACAAACACCAGAACAAAUUGCUUUAAAGAUUGAGUCCAGAGUAGAGAAAAUUUUAACCUUUUCACAAUCCGAAAUACUGGCGGCACUUGAGAAUCGUAAAGCUCGAUCAUCCACAUUGAUUCGCUUGUUUAUGGAAGAAAAGUUGGACUUCAAGAAAAAACUUUUAAGCGAAACCACUCGGAUCAAGGAAAAAUCGAUGCGCUACGUUUUCAAUGACAUUCAAAAAUCAUGCAUGAAAAACUGGAGGGCAAAGUUUAUAGAGCAAAUAAAGAAAAACGAGGCUCCAGACAUUGCUGAACGACUUGAUUCUGCCGACAGUAACAUCCUUUCGGUGUGGGUACCCUUACUUGUUUACGGGAGGAUAUUGAACGUUUCUUUGAAAGAAACAGUUCGAGAUUUCACUUUUCAAUCCCGCCAUCGUCUUUUUUCGCCAAAGACGGAAGAAUAUAUUACGCCUCGCUUUCUUCAGAUUUACUGCAGAAAUUCUGGAGACCAUUGAACGAAACCGUACACGAAUUGCAUAGCGAUAAGAGAAAAGCUGUAUGAACAUAUAAUACUUUUACUAUAAAAAACUGACAAAUGUUUAGCUAUAAGUAAGACAUGAUUUACACAGUUGAUGGAAAAAAUAUAGAAGUAUUUGCAUAUAUAUGGAACAAAGUGCAAUCUUAUUUUAUGAUUGUAAUUAAUUAAUUAAUUAAUCUGAUUGUAUUUUCUAGCAACUUACAAAAGAUAUAAUUAUUUUAGUAUAUUUUUGUACCAACCUAUUUAUAUACAUUUAAUGUAACUGUAAUCAAGUACAUUGUCUUACCUAAUAUUAUUAAAUAUUCAAAAUUAAUAAAUACUCAAAACUUUAAAUACAUUCUUCGAAUA